AUGAGACUUUUAAAUAUCUAAAAAUAAAUAGAAGAAAAUAUUAAUUUAUAGAUAUCUACAAAUUAGAUAAAAUUGAAGAAGCCCAAAAAUUACUUGAUCGCCAAUUUCCAGUAUUCACGGCAAUAAAUUCAUAAAUAACCAAAAUGGAGAGUAAUUUAUAAAUGGAUUAAUAUUUAAAGUAUUGAAAAAGAACUUAAGAAUGAGAUAUAAGCAUUGAUUGUGUAUAAAUCAGAGUUGGAGGCCUCAGAUGAAAAUUAUAAUGUAUUAAAUAAAUAUCUAAUUCUUAGGCAACUUCUAUUUUAAUGAUCUUUAUUAUUAAAAGCAUAAGACAGAAAUUAUAGCAUUUAAUUUGA